UUUUAAUUGGGAUAAUAUUUUUUAAUAUUAUUACUACUGUUUUAUUUUAUUCGAUCCGAUUGUUUUCAGUUUAGUUCAGCUUCCCGUUUCCGAGCAUCACUUGCCCUCUUCUACUACUAAACUACUAGUAACCUACUUAGAUCUGGUCUAUGAAACAAAGACCCCUACAACACUACUGGGGCAGACUGGCUGUCUUCUCAUGAACCUUGCUUCUUCAAGAGUAUCUGAUUGCUACAACAUUCUCACCCAUCCCAGACAAUUUCCGUCCAUUCCGUUGGUGGCAGAGCCAGCAGAAGAGAGGGGAGGGGGGAAACAACUACUUACAAUACCAGGGGGAAAAAGAACAAGCUCGACUCAAGCGCCGCUGCCCACUUUUUGCAUGCGACCAGGCCUCGGAUGGCGUGCCAGAGCUCCUACGCCAGGGUCCUAUCCAUGCCCAGGAAUCGGCUCCGAAAGUCUCUCGGCUGACCCCGGUUACAGAGUUUAGUGCUAAGCAGCUCGGCGGUUGACAAAAAUAUUCAAUAAUCCCAAAAGCCAUGGCUGAAACGAGACCAGGUGCCUACGCAAAUCGGAUCGAAGGGGGGUGCGGAGAUUAGCAAAUGAGCUUACUGCAGAA